AUGAACGUGAGCACCGCCAGGAAGGCGAUCUUGUACGAGUUGGGGGCCCCCGUACGCCUCCUGUUCCUGUCCAUGAUCGACCCCGAGAGCAGGGACCUGAAGAUGAACAUACACCUGGCCCCGUACACGGACCUGUUCACGCACCGGGCGUGGUUCAACACGUCCAUGUUCCCGUCCUGGGACAAGACCUGGUUCGAGAAGUGCAACGCCUGCACCGACUUCGUGGAGGACGGGUCCCACCGCUUCCCCAGGCUAUGGUACGAGCACAUGGACGGCUUCGAUGACGAGUUGUCGGUCCUGUACCUCCGGCGGCACGACAACAACAUGACCAGCAGGAUAAUGGAGAUGAACGGGACGUUGAUCGCGGACCUGCCCAGCGGCGCGUACACGUGGCUGGGGUCGGAGUUGGAGACGAGCAUGAGCAUGAAGAUGUUCAGGACCAACCCCGGCAACGAAAACCCGUACAUGAACAUGAGGAUGCCCACGACCGUCAUGACCGCCAAGAGCGUGCAUUUGACAGCGCACAGGGCCGAGGGCAUACGGUGA